AACAUAUUAUAUGUGGCCUUGUUCCUAAGUAACUUUUUGAAUUCCUUACGUAAUGGUGCGGAUUCUGUGGGUUGCCAUUAAAAAGACGUUUUUGCGCUGAUGUUUUGCAACAGAUUACAUUAAAAUAACGAGGAUAUUUGUAUUAUCUUGAUAUUGAUAUUCAUGACUACGUUUUGAUCAGUCUUUGUUGCCAAUGCGUGCGGAGUUUGAGUCUUGGUGUAAAAUAUAGAAGUAGAAUGCAGAUAUAUCUUACUUGCAACUUCCAAAUUAGGCAGGUGCAGUCUGAAUAUCAUUUCCAUCAACCAUCCUAAUCUAUCAAAAGUGAUUGAAUUUUUGUUUUUCAGUAAUAUACAGUACAACAUUUGUUAUAAUAAUAAUAUUACCUUAAAUUAUUUAAUUGAACAUAGUUAAAGACACAUUCCGAUGCGCGUUGCCGAUCAACAUUCACGAUGUACUAAUAACCGAUCUCAUCCACGUUCCUGUACUUCAGAAUGCAGACAACGCGACAAAGAUUUAGAAGAAGCUCGUUCACGUGCUGUUCAACUUGAAAAGACGAUGAGAUGGUGGUCAGACUGCACAGCUAGCUGGCGAGAAAAAUGGGCUUCAUUACGCGAUGAGAGGAAUUAUCUACGAGAGAAAUUGAAUUCAACACAAAAAUCUUUAGAUAAUGCAACAGAAUUAAUAGAGACGCUAAAAUUGGAAAAGCAACAGUUGCUUGAAGAUUUUUAUUCAUCCAAUAAUCAACUUAAUAAGUGUAAUUUUAUUUCAUCUAUGAAAUCCAUCAUUAAUCCAGUUUAUCCAAUGAAACAAGAAACUGACCAGUCAGAACUAAUAGACUCAAAUGCUGAUCAAGGUAGAUGUGCUAUUGAACUGUUGAACACAUCACCAGAUGUUGGAAGUAAAUCAGCUGGAUUUUUAAAUAACCAUCAACCUACAAGAACACAAUUACUGGAAUUGUCAUCAACAGUCCGUUGGUGGAAGAAUCAAUGUAUGGCUUUAGAACAAGAGAUUCGUCACCUGUUUGAAUUAAAUACUAAACAUUGGUCAAAGUGUAAAAUGUUAUCACAUAAAAAUUUUUUGCUUUUACAAGAAAAUGAAUUUUUGAAAAAAGAAAUUGCUAAUUUAUGGUGUGUUCGAGAUAACCGACAUGGUGAAUUCACUGACCCAAUUUCUUCUACAAAUAAUUGUAAACCACAAGGAUCCAAUGAAAACAUUGAGUGUGAUACGUACAAACAAAAUAUUGAAAAUAACGAUACUUCAGUAGAGGAUUUUUUAUUACAAUUAUCUGAAAAAAAUUGUCAACUAGAUUUAUUACAACGUCGUUUAUCUUUUAUGUUACAUGAACGAGGUGUACUUAGUCAUCAAUUAGAAGAAAUGAGUAUGGUACAAGAUAAAUAUGAAACUGAAACAUAUCUUAAUGCCAUGAGUAGAAGAGCACGAUUGAAUAAGAAUAUUGGAACAUUGAAAGAUGAUUGUUCAAAAUGCUCUUAUAGAACGGAAUUAGAUGCAGACGGUGAUAAAGAAUUUACCUCUGAAGUAUCCAAGUGCGUGAUCACAAGUAUAUUAAACGAUGAAUCGGAAACAAUAUCACCGUCUAAUGAGCCUAUACUUAUGAAUAAUAAAAUUACUGAAUCGCAAAGUGAUGCAACGACUGAUGAAUCAUAAAAUCCACACGCAAACAUUUACAUACAUACUGACUGUAAUAAAAUGAAACACUCAACGUCCUUACACUAUACAUAGAAUCAACAUCUCUUCAAAUAUGUGCAAGUAUCUUAUAUUGAUGUCUGUAGAGAACAAGUCGUUCAAUGAAUACACUUUAAACUGUUUUAUAUAUAGAUACAUAGAUGCAUUCAGAAAAUUAUCUAAUAUCAUACAUAUAUUUAUAAAGAUAUAUACUUAAGCUUAUAAACAUAACAGUAUUCUCAUUAUAUUGACAUACUUAUAUACUACACAGAUCAACAUUAUUUAGCCUAGUACCUACCAUUCAGAAUUUUGCAUUGAAUUCUCAUGUCCAUAAUGUUUUUUUAUGCUUCUUAAAUAUGUUUUCCUUUGUGUAUAAUACCUAUCUUCUCUAACUACGUUUUUCGUUAAAUUUAUCCUACUUCAUGACAAAAUUCGUUAGCUUGUUAAUUUUGCUAAAACUGAUUUAUCCAAUGAAACAGGAAUUCUCAUUAUCACAAGUUGAUUCAUACAAGAAAGAAAUAAAG